AUGGAAAAGCCCCCCAAAUUCUCCCUCCACCCGGAGCUCCACGGCGCCGUCUCCCUCCAUCUCGCAGACGACGACCUGCACUUCUCCUUCCGGCAGGACCGCUCAGACGCGCGCUCGACCAAAGCCUGGAACAGCAACAUCCGAGGCGUCUUCAUCUGCUACAACAACAAGUGCCCUUCGCGCAGCUGGGCCAGCGGGAUGGUCGCCAUCCGGAUCCUGCUCUACGCAGGACAGCAGUACCACGCACAGGUGUACCACCAGCGCUGCGAGCAAUGCAACUUCGUCAGCAAGCCGCGGCUGGACGACUCGUAUGCGGAGCGGGUGGCGCGGCGACUGAAGAUUUGGAGUGGGGUCAAGGUGGAGAGCGUGCCGCGUCGGGGCCAGAGCAAGAGGCCGCAUUUGACGGAGUUGUGUGAGGGGUGUAGGGCUGGGUACUGUAGUAAUGCGUGA